UUGAAAAGAGGAGGGGCAGAGCUUUUGGACACACUUGGAGGACUUUCCUCGCUAUCCCCCAUACAUGCCAACAAACAUGGCUGUGUUUGGUUCUGUUAGGGCAUGUUUGGAUUUGAUCGGUGAUUGGAAUAAUGACAAUUUCCGCCAGCAUCAUAUUCCCAUCCAUUCUGGAUCUUGACAAAGAAAUAAAAACGGGGCAGAAAUAGAGAGAAAAAACAGAGAGGAGAGAGAAAGAGAGAGGGGUGUAUUUUUACAAAUUCCAUAUUCUCUGAAUCCCCCAAGGGCCAAAGAAAUCAAUGAAGACAAAAGGAACCCCUUGCAUUGUUGCCAACGCAGCCAUGGAAAAGUCCUUAAAGACGAGAGCUUUAAUUCCACUUGACCCACUCUGCAACAAAACCCUUGAAGGCUGUGAAACCGCUUCAAUGGAUAAGGAGGAGGAGUUUGGGGAAACGGUCCGGGGGCCUUGCAUGGGGUUUUACUUGGGUUUUUGAUCAUUUACAGAACCCAGUUGGGGAUUUCAAGUUUGUGUUGUGUUAUCGAUUAUUAAAGGAGGAAUCGCUGAACUCCGUCUCUGAUUCUUAUCUUUGGUGCCCAAAGUUUGACCUUACUGUUAAUGGCCGGAAUGGUCCAAGAGGGGGAAUCAUCAUCUGUAACAUCAUCGCCGCUUCAGUAUUUCUCCCUGAUGUCACUUUCUCCUGGUUUAGGAUCACCAUACCCUUGGCUCAGGGAGCUGAAAUCUGAAGAGAGGGGUUUGUGCUUGAUCCAGCUUCUGCUCAACUGUGCUGGACAUGUUGCUGCUGGUAACAUUGAGAAUGCAAAUGUAGGCCUUGAGCAUAUUUCACACCUUGCCUCUCCUGAUGGCGACACAAUGCAGCGAAUUGCUGCAUACUUCACCGAGGCACUUGCAGACCGUAUGCUUAAAGGUUGGCCUGGUCUGCAUAAGGCCCUUAAUUCCACCAAAAUAUCCUCCAUCUCCGAAGAGAUACUUGUUCAGAGAUUGUUCUUUGAGCUCUGCCCCUUCUUAAAGCUUGCAUAUGUAAUCACAAACCAGGCCAUUAUAGAAGCUAUGGAAGGGGAGAAGAUGGUUCAUAUUAUUGAUCUCAAUUCCUUCGAGCCAGCCCAGUGGAUCAACCUUCUUCAGGCAUUAAGUGCUCGGCCUGAAGGUCCACCUCAUUUGAGAAUUACAGGUAUUCAUGACCAGAAAGAGGUACUGGAUCAAAUGGCACUUCGAUUAACUGAGGAAGCUGAAAAACUAGACGUCCCAUUUCAAUUCAAUCCUAUAGUUAGCAAAAUAGAGAAUCUUGAUGUAGAAAGUUUGCGUGUCAAGACAGGUGAAGCUCUUGCAAUCAGCUCUGUGCUUCAACUACAUUGUCUGCUGGCAUCCAACAAUGAGAUUCUGAGAAGGAAUUUGGCAUCCAAGAUUCCAAAUGCUGUUCACUUGCAAAGAGUCUUGCAGAUGAACCCACGUGCUUUAGGGGAUUUUCUUGAGGCAGAUUUACUUAGUGUUUAUGGUCCUAGUUCUGGUUCAGUCUCACCGCCGUCCCCCUUACCUUUGACCAUUUCGCCAAAGAUGGGUAGCUUCUUGACGUCUCUUUGGGGCCUUUCACCAAAGCUGAUGGUAGUAACUGAACAAGAAUCGAACAAUAAUGGGCCUACUCUUAUGGAAAGGGUCACAGAGGCAUUGUACUUUUAUGCUGCACUUUUUGAUUGCUUAGAAUCUACUGUAACUAGGGCAUCAAUAGAGCGGCAAAAGGUUGAGAAGAUGCUUUUUGGGGAGGAAAUUAAGAAUAUCAUAGCCUGUGAGGGAUCUGAAAGAAAGGAGAGGCAUGAGAAGCUUGAAAAAUGGAUUCCAAGGCUUGAAAUGGCUGGAUUUGGGAGGGUGCCUUUCAGCUACCAAGUUAUGUUGCAGGCUAGGAGGUUAUUGCAAAGCUAUCGUUAUGAUAAUUAUAGGAUCAAGGAAGAGAAUGGCGGCCUGAUUAUUUGCUGGCAAGACAGACCCCUUUAUUCAGUUUCAGCCUGGAGGUUUAGACGGUAUGAAUGAGAUUGUUAGCAUAGAGGAUUGAGUUUUUUUCUUUUUUAUUCUCUAUAGCCUUUAUAAAGGAUUUUGGUUUUUCUUCCCUCUGCAAUGUAGAUUGUUUUGCGCAAGGGUUUGAAGAUCUUUUAACAAUUUCUGUUCCAUAUUAUUUUCCUUUGUUUAUUUGCUGUUCCGUUUACUUUGU